CAACAGUUGGCAUUGAAGCAUUGAAGCGAACACGGGAGUGCUUGGUCACGACCUGCACCGACUCCCUGCAGCGGGAGCAGAGGGCGCUGGUUCCGUGGCUCCGCCCGGUCCGACAGCUGAGCGCCAUGGCGCGGAGAGGACCUGAGGCGACCGUGCAGGAGACCAUGAAAGCGAUCAACGCCAGCUGUCGCAGUAAGGGCGGUCACUAUGCAGGCUACAGCUGCAAGGUGGUCAGUUGGGACGACGUGAGCCGCGGGACUGGGCCGUCGGGCUUGUCCUGCUGGGGUGCCAACAUCACGGACACCUACCUGAAGAGUAGGAGUGGCACGCCGCUCUUCACCCUCCGCGCUGACAACUGGAACGAACGCCUCGGCAUCAUCGACGCCCAGCGCGUGGCGCUGGUGGCACCAGGGGCGCCGGGCUUGUCGGCGCCGGGCGAGGCGCCGACGCUGCGGCCCGUGACGUUGCAAAGGGUGCUGAAGGAGAUGGGUCGCUACGGUCACUAUGCGGGAUUGGCCAGUGAUGUGGAUCUCUCGGACGCGCUCAGGGACACCAAGUGCUCAAUUCGCUUUCAGACCACCUUCCUCCCGGUGGAGGCAUCCGACACGCGCCCAGCAGUGCUGGAGUUUGCCACUGAGGCCUACAAUUACAACACCAUGCGGGACGAGGAUCCCAGGAAUCUGGUCUUGCUGUGCACCUCCCAGGGGAUCGCCGUGCAACAGGAUGGCCGUGGAGCGAAGAAGCUCUUCCACCAUGCAGCCGACCCCUCGGGGCGGAUUCAUCGCUAUUGGCUGGAGGCAGAAGAGACGCAUCACAAGGUGGGUGGUGAACAGCGUGAAACGGACGCCGAGCGUGCAGUGGCCUUGGCGCGCGGCAAGGCCACGGCCAGUGUUAUUGGGAUCCCAGCGAUGGGUCAACGCUUCAAUGUGCUGAUGACUAUCCAGGUGCCCUUGCGCCAGGCGCCGAAGCGAGUCACAGGAGGCCUCAGCAGCGUCAGCUGGAAUGGAACGGGCGAGCUGGUGGUGACGACGGUGUCGCAGUAUGAACUGGGGGACACGCUGAAUCAGUGCAAGAUGCUCUGCAGCAAGUCCGCUUACCAGAUGCUCUCGUACAAGUUCCAUGGCCGCGCUCGCAGCCGCAGCGGUCACGCACGCGGCCGCGGCGGGAAGAGCAGUGCGGCGCGGGUGUCGCGGGGCAGCGAGGUGGACAUUUGGCCCGGCUUGACAGUCCAGUCACCCCAGCGCCACCCGGCGGAGCAUGUCACCGUGACCGUGCAGCUCUAUCACGUCGUGGUGGGCGGCGUGCCCAGCGAGGAGGACGUGACUGCAGCGAUCGACGAUUUGGAGAACUUGUACCGGGCGUGCGUGGAAGAUGGCAAGCUUGCUGAUGGUAAGUUCGAUUUCCUGAAGAAGCCUUUGUCCUUGGAUGACCUCGCAGACAUUCCCAAGAAGGUCUGGUCGCAACCGCCGGAGGUCAUGGACUUCGACGUCUUCCCGGUCUGAGCGGAUGCGACGUCUGAGGGCCCGAAGCGCCGAAGCGAGUCCUCGUCGGCAGGCUGCAGACUGCGUCGACACCCUCGAACCCGCUGCGCCGGUACUCGCGCGCGCGGUUGGUCGCCUUGUACAGUUUGGGGCAGACUAAACGCGGCGCAUGUAGUCCGAUGGAGA